AUGGAGGUAUGUGAUCCAUCAACUGUAUGGAUAACAUGGAUUACAUUCGACGAUACCUAUGCGUCUGUGGUGGAAUAUGGUACCAAAGAUUUGGAACGCAACGCCACCGGAGAUACUUCCCUAUUUAUUGAUGGUGGAUCCAAGAAAUCGAAACGUUACGUUCAUCGAGUCAGGCUCACUGAAUUAGAGCACGGAACCACUUACUUUUAUCACGUUGGUUCUGAAUACGGUUGGAGUCCAAUAUUCCGUUUCACGGCACUCCAGGAAAGGCCAGAAGGUGGAUAUAUUUAUGCUGUAUACGGUGACCUUGGCAAUGUGAACGCCAGAUCGCUGGGUAAAAUACAACAACAAGCGCAACGGGGUCUUUUCGAUAUGUGUGUGAAAUCUUCAUUCCGAUCUAUCACUGAUGAAUGCUAUCUUGCAGGCGAUUUAGCAUACAAUCUUGACACGGAUGACGGUCAGUUCGGUGAUCAAUUCGGUCGUCAAAUUGAGCCGGUGGCUGCUUACGUACCUUACAUGACCGUAGUUGGAAAUCAUGAGGAGGCAUACAACUUCUCACAUUUUGUCAAUCGAUACACAAUGCCCAACAGCGAUCAUAACCUCUUUUACAGCUUCGACUUGGGCGCUGCACACUUCAUCGCAUUUUCAACGGAAUUUUAUUACUUUACGAAUUAUGGUUGGCAACAAUUAGCGAAGCAGUGGGAAUGGCUCAAUAAUGAUCUGAAGUCGCGCUUCAUCUUCUUAAGUUUUAUUUAUUCACUCGAUUGCCAGAUUGCUAAUCAAAAUCGUGAUAAGCGUCCAUGGAUCAUAACAAUGGGUCACCGACCGAUGUAUUGCUCGGAUUUCGACGAAGACGACUGUACGAAAUACGAGUCGAGAGUGCGUGAAAUUCGAGCAGGACUUCCAGAAACACAUGCGUAUGCACUGGAAAAACUUUUCUACUCGUUUGGCGUAGAUCUGGAAAUUUGGGCACAUGAACAUUCCUACGAAAGAAUGUGGCCAGUUUACAAUAGAACAGUUUACAACGGCACUCGUUCGCCGUACGUGGAUCCACCGGCUCCAGUGCAUGUUGUCACAGGAUCAGCGGGUUGUCAGGAGAACACAGAUCCCUUUAUUGAACAUCCUCCACCAUGGAGUGCGUUCAGAUCUUCGAAUUACGGAUUUAGUCGCAUGCAAAUUUUCAACUCCACUCAUCUUUACUUCGAGCAGCUGGCUGCAUCGAAGGAUGAAGCUGAGGACAGUUUUUGGUUGGUAAAAACUGAUCAUCAUCGUUAUGACAGAUUGGAUCGCAAGCUGAUGAGCCGUCACGGUACGAAGAUACCAUACAAUUAUUGCCAUCACCCAUCGCAUUGUCCGAAGCGACAUCGGAACGCAGCUCUAGACUCAAACGGGAUCGAAGAUGCAUUCGAUUCAUUCUUUCGAUAA